CUCAACACUCGUCCGUUCGUCACUUCAUCAGUUGUAAAUUUGUAAUUCAUAAUUCAUUAAUCAUUUAUCGUUAGUGGUCUACUCAUUUUUGAAGUGUGUAGCUUCUGUAGCUGACGGUCAAUCAGUAGACUCGUUUCAAGUCCGCGUGUUGAAAUCGUUGGCGACAGAAAAUACAUCGUUUUCGUUUCAAUUCUAAUAUAAUAUAGAGAAAUGGCCUAAAAUGGAAUUUGUAUUGGGUGCUUUGGGCGCCAGUGGCGCUGUGUGUUUCACCAAUCCGCUGGAAGUUAUAAAAACUCGGUUUCAACUACAAGGAGAACUAAAAAAAGCAGGAAACUACAAAGUUCACUAUAGGAACUUUGCUCAUGCUAUUUACGUCGUAGCAAAAAAUGAAGGGCUGUUGGCCCUGCAAAAAGGUCUAUUACCGUCUAUGGGACAUCAAGUGUUUCUGAACGGUACACGAUUAGGCAUUUUCGAUCUGGCGCAGAAAAAAAAGUGGAUACUUAAAAAUGAUGGUUCCGUUUCGCUAAUUAAGUCUGCGUUCGUCGGAGGUGGAGCCGGCAUGUUGGGUGGUUUUUUAGGCAGUCCACUAGGCAUGUUAAAAAUUCACCUGCAAUCGUUUUCGGCCCAAUCAAUCGCUGUCGGUCAUCAGCACAACACCACCAGCACGAUAAACGGUCUAAUAACGUUGUACAAUAAAUACGGCAUAGUCCACGGGCUGUGGCGAGGGGCAACUGGGGCUAUGGUACGCAUAGGUGUUGCAUCGGCUACGCAACUGAGCACGAUAAGUUUACUCAACGAAGCACUCAUCGAUCACGGGGUGUUGACCAAGGAUCAGAAAUUCUUGAGCACUCUCAUUUGCAGUAUGCUGGGUGGAGUGCUGAUGUCAAUAGUGAUGGCACCGUUCGAUCUGGUAUCCACCAGACUCUACAACCAAGCUGUUGAUGCCAGAGGCCGCGGUCUUUUAUAUUCAUCGUACAUUGAAUGUAUGACCAAGACUUUUAAACAAGAAGGAAUCUACGGACUUUACAAAGGCGUUGUUCCGUGCUACCUUCGACUUGGGCCUCAUGUCGUUUUGAGUAUGGUGUUCUGGGACAGGUUGCGAAUACUCGAAUCAGAAUUAUCCAACCGCUUUAAAAGCGUGCAAAGUCUUUAAUUUUUAAUUAUUUUAUUAAACGAUUUCAUAUUGUGCAUUUUUUACUCAACGUGUAAAUUGGAAAUCCCGAGGUUAUAAUAAAUUGUUAAAUAAUUUA